GUCUGACACACCCCGCCUGGCUGCUGUGGGUGAGGCUGAGCUCCCGUGUCUCCUGCCUGCAGCGGUUUUAGUGUCGGACCGCAUUCGAGGGCACUGUAUGCCCGUGGUUUGUGCCCGUGGGUCGCUCCGGCCGGAGGGUGCGGGCUGACCCCACGGCGCACACAGUGGGUGUGGCUAGGGAGAGCUGGCGGGGGGGUUCAUAGCGAAGCGCGCGCGAUACCCAUCCCCCGUCAGCCAGCGCAGGGCUGAGCUCCGCGUGCGGGCCGGUCGGGAGCCGAGCAGCUCAGUCCGCCUCUCCGCUGCGGCGGCUGCAUGGAGCUCCCGGAGGAGGAGGAGGAGGAGGAGGAACCGGAUUGGCUUUGCCCGGAGCCUGGCGGUCCUUGGAACCAUGCGGCGCCCGGGAGAGGCUCCUCCACCACUCUCGGAGCACAAUCAGGUCAUGACAAGACUGUGCCAUCAGGAAGUACAGCGCACAGGGUAAUUGUGCAUACUGACCUGGACUGCUUUUAUGCACAAGUAGAAAUGAUCCAUAAUCCUGAAUUAAGAGACAAACCUUUAGGUGUUCAGCAGAAAUACUUGGUUGUUACCUGUAACUAUGAAGCCAGGAGACUUGGACUUCAGAAAUGUAUGUCUGUCAGAGAUGCUAAAGAAAAAUGCCCAGAGCUAGUGCUAGUUAAUGGAGAGGACCUGACACAAUACAGAGAAAUGUCAUACAAGGUUACAGAGCUAUUGGAAGAAUUCAGUCCACUGGUAGAAAGACUUGGAUUUGAUGAAAAUUUUGUGGAUAUCACAGAGUUGGUAGAGAAGAGACUAGCACAGCUGCAAAGAGAUGGCUGUUCCAAAGUGUCUGUGUCUGGUCAUGUGUAUAAUAAUCAAACUGUCAAUUUACAUGAUGUUAUGCAUAUAAGACUUGUCAUUGGAUCUCAGAUUGCAGCAGAGAUGAGGGAAGCCAUGUACAAUAGAUUGGGUCUUACAGGCUGUGCAGGAGUGGCCUCUAACAAAUUACUAUCUAAACUAGUAUCUGGCACCUUCAAACCAAAUCAACAAACAGUUCUUUUACCUGAAAGCUGUCAGGACCUAGUAGGCAGCCUUGAUCACAUCAGAAAAGUGCCUGGGAUUGGCUAUAAAACUACCAAGCGCCUAGAGUUGCUGGGUCUCAGCAGUGUGCGUGAUCUCCAGACCUUUUCACCUGUAAUACUAGAAAAGGAACUAGGAGUUUCAAUUGCUCAGCACAUUCAAAAGCUCAGCUAUGGAGAGGAUGACUCCCCUGUGACCUCCUCAGGACCUCCUCAGUCCCUUAGUGAUGAAGAUUCUUUUAAAAAAUGUUCAUCAGAAGUGGACGUUAAAAGGAAAAUUGAAGAACUACUUGCUAACCUUUUAGACAGAAUAUCCAAAGAUGGAAGAAAGCCACAUACAAUAAGAUUAACCAUCCGUAAAUUUUCAUCAACUAAUAAAUGGUUUAGUCGGGAGAGUCGUCAGUGUCCUAUUCCCUCUCAUGUCAUUCAGAAAUUUGGGACAGGAAACUAUGAUGUUGUGGACCCACUGGUUGGUAUCCUUAUGAAAUUGUUUAGAAAGAUGAUAAAAGUGGAGAUGCCAUUUCAUCUUACCCUUCUGAGUGUCUGCUUCUCAAAUCUUAAAGCUCUGCCUAGCCUCACCAAAGGAUCCAUAGGAUUUUAUUUAACUCGGUUGUCACCCCCUUCAAGUUCUGGCAAAAAAAUGGAAGGUGUUCCACAAGACCAGGUGAACUCCUGCAGUUUUGUACCAGAUGGAAGAAUUAGAAAUACAAGAACUAGAGAAUCUUCACUAGAAACCAAAAGCUGCACAGAAGAACAUAGAAUUCCUGUUUCCCCAAUUCAUUUGCUUCCUGCUGGCAUUGACCAGGAGGUCUUCAGUCAGCUUCCAGAAAACAUUAAAGAGGAAAUUAUUUCUGACAAAACUGGGCAAAGGAUCCAUACAAAGAAUGUUUUGAGUCAGCCAUUACCCUUUUCUAAAGGAGCACUACCAUUUUUUGCACAAGAACAAAUGCACACUACCCCGAAUUCCAGAAGAGCAGAUCAUAGUAUCAGCAGUCUGGUAUGCAGAGAACACUUUCAAUCUACCAGUGAGCUGGAGACAGCCAUGGUACACAGGCCUAAUCCUAACUGUAUUCUCAGUCUACAGGAUCCUCCUGAGUACCCUGAAAGGGCACUAAUAGAUGACUGUAUGGAACAAGUACCUAAGGAAUCACUGAAUUUCAAUAGCACUGAUUCAAUUGUAUUGAACAUGCAAAGUCAACAUUUUCUUCAGCCCCACAGUUCAGACAGACAAGAGCAGCCCAUUGGAGCAGGCUCUCAGGAUAAAGGUCAGAGAGAGCAAGCGUUAGGAGAAGGAAGAAUUGUAUUUCCUCCUAAUGUUGACCCAAAUAUUUUUUCUGAACUACCUGCUGAAAUGCAAAAGGAACUACUGGCUGAAUGGAAGAAUCUAAAACCUGUUUCCAAAAUGCAUAUGAAUAAACCUUCUGAAAAGCUAAAAACAAACAAAGGAAAAAAGAAUGCAGUGUUGUGUUCACCACAGUCUAACAGUUUAUUAAGUGGUUCCUACAAAGAUGGAAUGGCUGGAUCUGUUGCUUGCACUCUCUAGCCUCCCAGCUGAUAUGUGGCCAAAUGGGUGUGUGAGAAAAACUGACU